AUUUGUUUGAAUACAAUGUUUAUACAGAAUAAGUGAUAAGUAUUACAACUAUAAGUGUCGACAAAUUUCGAGACCAAUUGCGGUGACAUUUAAUGACAAAUCAAUAAACCAUUUAUUAUAUGACUUGUAAUGGCUUUGCGUUACUUUUGGAUUAUAUCGUUGACCACGAAAUCAGUGGUCUUUUUGCGGCGAUUCCCGACCGUAGAGAAGAGGGCACAGAAUUUUGGUCACAAAGAGGUUAUUAUUACCGGCGAUGACCUACUCGUGGAUGCUAUGCUCACAUCGUUGGCCAUCAACAGAGUUACAGACGAUGAAGCGUUUCAGUUGUCCAGUCGUAAUGAAUUGCCAGUCGUUGGACUCAAAUAUAAAGAUAACAAUUUGUGGCCAAUUCUGGUCAUCGAACAGAACGGCUUUCUUUUCUGUGGAUUUCCAUUCUGUGAAUCGCAUCCAAAGAGUGACACAAUUGAGUUGAUUGACGACAAGUCUAUUGCUCUUUGUUUUACAUGUCUACAGACAAUCGCCCGUUAUUUUACUGCCGAUAAGGGUCUCUCAUGGAUUGAAUGGCUCAUCACAUCAAUGGCACCGUUUGGUACACUAAUUAAUCAAAACUAUGAACCAUUAAAUCAAAAGAAACAAACUGGUGGUCAAAGAGUGAACAAAUUAGAGACAAAACUACAACAAAAUGAACUGAAAUUAUCAGUAAAUGAGUUGAUCUCCAGAACUAAAGACAAAGAACUAAUUUACGGGACAUUAACUAUAGAUCAUCCAAAUCAUAAUUAUAAUGGUUUAGUAAAUGUCAAAUUAAGAGCAAUUGAUUCAUUAAAUCUGGUUUUACCACCAAAUUGUACACAAAACGGAUUCAUUCUUCAAAUAAGACCCGCGUAUCACAAUCCGCUGCAUUUGGUUCACUAUAAGUGCAAUUCAAACAAUAAAUCAUAA